ACAACACAGCCCGCGCUACAUGAAAUAGCCAACAGUCAUUUGAAAAUUAACAAUGACUAGUAUAAUAAAUUCAUGGGUUUCAGAAGAGUUAGAUUUACAAGGCCAAUCGGUGGAAAAGGCUUUUAGAACAGGCUACCUCUUAGGGAAACUUUUGCACCAUCAUAAUAAAUUUCAGAAACUUCACAUGCUUAAAAACUCCAGUUCGUCGGCUGCAGUAAUACAAAACUUCACAGUUCUUCAGUCCGUUCUUCAAGACCUAGGGAUAAAUAUAGAUGCAAAUAUGACCCAUGAUAUCAUCACUGAAAAGCCAGGAAGUAUACAGAAAAUCCUGUAUCAAAUUUAUGUUAUGCUAAAUGGAACGAAUAGCUGCUUUUAUCAUGAUUCCGCCAACUUCUGUCACUAUGACCAUUCACAACUGAACACUCUUCGAAAUUUGUCUUACAAGCAUCAAUUAAAGCAGCUCAUGCAAAGGCAGUCAGAUAUUAGUUUGGCACAGAUUUUAUCACGUUUCGAGAGACAAAAGCAAAUCAAUGAGCGACAGAUGAGGAAAGCAGAUCUAGAAGCCUUAUUAGAAAAAGAUGCUUUAAUCCAAAAGCAUAGAAGUUCAAGGCUCCAAAGAAGUUACGAUUUACGCGCAAUACAGUCUGAACUCAUGGCUAAAUUAGAAGCAAAUAUUAUCAACCUACCGCGGUCAAUUGGGAAAAAGAUACAACCUGAGAGUGUUAACACACAAAAAUUAACAAAUAAGAGUAGUAUCAGUUUGAGAGAACUAGAUGAAUUUGAUUCACGCUACAGCAGCCGAGAACGAAACAAUAAUAACACAUUGAACCUGAAAGACAAGACCAAUGAACCAUUAGAUUCAAACAGCAAGUUGGAAACAAUGAAUACAUUGGCAGGCGAUCUUUAUAAAACAGCUACCAAUUAUAUGAAACAAAUCCAUGAGAAAGUUCAAGAAGAAAAAAGUGCAGUAUGCGAGCGUCAGAAAAGAAGAAGACGUGUUAUUAUGGACAUUUUAGAAGCACAUCAUAUACAACAAGAGGAAAUUAGAUCACUACAGAUGAUGCGACGUUUUUCACGCCAGUCUCACUUGGAAAGCCGCAUCUCAGUGCAGCUGGGACAAAUCAAACAAGAAAAGCUGAAUCUUUUAGAAAAUCGUCUUGAACGUGAAAGACAAUACGAAGCCCGAAGAGAAUUAGAAUUUCAGCUUGCAAUGGAUCGUGAGAGAGAAACGGCGAUCCAGCAGAAAGAAGAAGAGAAGGAGAAAAUUGCCGUAUUAAAACAAUUUUGGGAAGAACAAAAAGCUGAAAGACGUCAAGCUGCAUACAAGCGUCACUAUGACUUUAUUCAAAACAAUAUUAUACCACUAUUGCUACAAUUUGCUAUGAAUGUUGCUGAAUAUCGGACGUACACAGGAAAACUUAUUCCAUUGAGACUAUUCCGUCAGUGGAAAAUUGAAUUUUUACACGGCUUGUUACUAGAUGAUUCACUUCCAAAGCCAAAACAUACUGAAGAUCCUGUUGAAGAAGAACUUACGAACCAAGCCGAUCAGCUCGAGUUGGUACCUAGUCAAGUUUUCGAGGAGCAACAAGCAUUACUUGAUGAUUGUGACUUGGAUGAAUACCAGAAUCUUGUGGGUGAUUGGGACUUGACAAAAAUCGGUACAGUUCAUAUGAAAUCAUUGCCAAGUGAAUUAACACCGCACAUUCAAGGUCAACCUGUUGAAUGGAUUGAUUUUCACGAUGAAUUGAAAUCUAGUGAAUUAAAAUUACCAAAUGAUAUCUGUCUUCUUAAAAGUAAUCCAGUUUUAGAAUGGAUUAUUAAACGACUUUGCAAAAUCAACUACCCAGCAACUCCUGAGCCGAUAGAAUCAUGUCUUCCACAGUUCCCCAUCAAAAUGGCAUUACUUGGAAAACCUUUAAGCGGGAAAACAACUAUUAUACACGAAUUGGAGAAAAACCAUCGCUGUGUUGGAAUAAAUCCACUCCAACUCAUCAAAGAAGCAUUAAAAGCCUAUGAAAACAAGGAAACUGAGGAGUGCUUCGGAGAAACAACCGAUGUUUUGAACUUAGAAGAGUCGAAGCCUAUGCCAUCUUCAACAUUGUCGUCUAGGGCCAAGCUCGGAGAAAUCAUAUGGAAUGAAUUAAAAAGCGGAAAAGAAGUACCCGACAGUCUUAUAGUCGAUUUAAUAUAUGAAAAGAUUAUGAUCCUUCAGCCUACAACAGGAUUUAUACUUGAUGGGUUUCCAGCUACUUAUAAUCAAGCGAAGUUGCUCGAAGAGAAGCUGACUACAUGUAAAUCAGAAAAUAAUACGCCAUCGGAUAAUUCAUCUACAAGACCGAAAUUAGAAGAUAUUCAACGAUCGAAAGGGUUAGACUGCGUACUCUUAAUAGAUAUAUCAGAUGAAAUUGUUUUAAAGCGUUUAGCGCAUACAACGCUAACAAAGGUGGACUCAAAUUUGCCUUCAACAUUAAUGACACUGGAUGCUCAGGAGGACAUAAAAACAAAUCCAGUAUCUUUUCACAGUGAUCCAGCUGAAAAUGAUAGCCAUGGUGCGAAAGACAUGGCGGAUCCUCAGAACUCCAAAACACAACCAGAUAGUUUUAACUAUUCCUUAACUUUACAAGAAACAGAAGGAAAUAUAACUGAAAGAUUAAUUGGAUUUAUACAGUCAUGGCCUAAGCUGUAUAAAUUCUAUCACAAUAAAUUAUCAAACCUUUGUGUAGUGAAUCUAACAGAUUUACUGGUCAAUUCAACGUAUACGCAUGAUUUUACUGAGAAUAGCAGCCAAGGUGAAAUUGACUAUGAUCCUGAAACAGACCAUGAAUCAACGAAAUUAGCAGUUUAUCUAGAAAUUGAAAGACAAAUUGAACUGUUGAUCGAGCAAAAGGAAAAAGAUCGAACCAAGACACCGGGGACUCCUGCUAAUAUUGAUGAGAAUGAAGAUAUCGAAAGCAGGCGUACACUGCUACCGAGUUCUACCAGUGAAAAGGUGGGUAGUGUAAAGGAUGAUAAGAAAUUAGAUUUAAACAGUGACAAUAAAGAAGAUGAAAAUAUGAAAGUGACUAAAGAAAAUACUGGUUCAUCACCACCAUUCGAACGUCCUAUGACAGCUAAAAUCUCACCUAGUGCUAAGAACUCCAGAAAUUCUCGACAAAGUGAUGCGAGCAAAAGAGAGAAGAGUGCUGAAAGUCACAGGAAAUCAGCUGAAAGAAGAUCUCCAUCUACAGGGAAUACUUCGAAGCAUAAUGACAGUAAAGGGAAGCGUAUAAAUUCAGGUGAUCACAAUAAACAGGUAGAAUCUCUUAACAGGACAAAGUCUAGAAGCCGUUCCAGUAGUGAAAAGAAACAAUCAAAGAAGAUGAAAUCAAAGCCCAAUGACUCACCACAGUUAGUUAAACCACCUGACGAAGACCCAACUCCUCGGCCGAAAUUACCACAACCUGGUGAUGAAAACUAUAGGUUUGUGGAUAUACCAAUCAUACAAGAGACUGCACAGACAUUAUUAAAACUAUGGGAUAGUACACAAAAUAUAUAUCAAAGGAAUUUGAAGUCGAUCUUCCGUCAAAUUCGCCUCCUAGAUACAAAUGUUAUACCAUACAUGUAUUAUAUUAAACAACAAUUUUAUAACUAUUUGUAUAGACCUGAUUCAAAGCAACAUUUUGUCAACCAGUUUAUCAGUGCAUUUAAUGCAUUACCAAAUGACAUGCGAGCAGACAGAGAAACAAAAGCUGACCUACAUUGUCGAACAGAUGAUCUUCGUGAUACACUGUACGAAAUUAUAGAUGAGUCAAAGCAAGCUAAUGAAAAUCAUUUAGAAAACUUGCUUGAUAUUCCUGGUUGGUUUACAGACAAGGAGAAAUUACUGGUUAAUUUAUACCUCUCCCUGUUCCAAGUUGAAUUAACCCAGUUUCAAGAACAUGCACAACUAAUAAAAGAUUACUACAAUGCCAUGGAAGCCAAACCUCAAACAGUAGAAGGUGAACCUAUUCAGUCUUUGGCUGGAACAGUGGAUGCAAGUCAUAUGGAAUAUACACGAAUACCACUGCUGAAACUACCCGACGAUCAGUCAGAAAAUAACGAUAAUUCUGAUCUGCGCAAAAGUGCAUCCACACGACAAAAUUCGUCGAGAUCCAGUUCAAAUAAAGGAAGCAAAUCAAAACUUACAGAUUCAGGAAAUAAUUCCUUAUCACGAUAUCCAACCCCGAUUGAUUCAAAGUUUCAGAACUUGCCUAUCGAAUUCCGUAGUCAGAUUAAUCUACUGAAUUACAAUUCCUCGUUACAAGAAGUGUUUGCAUCGUUUAGUAAAAGUGGAUUCGCUUCGGCUACGCAAAAUACUGCACUGCAACCAAAUCAAAAAGGAACUAAACCUACUGGUGCCGGUAAAUCUAAUCCAGCACAAGAAAAAAUAUGUCUGUCGAAUCCGACCAAUCUUCUUUUGGAUAAAACUACCUCACCGUCGGAUCCACCCUUACAAUUCCUGUAUAAUGUUUGUUUAAGUGUAAUUCAACUUGUUGCAAACCAGGUACAAGCAGAACGGAAUUUAAGAGCUAGUGAAGCCGUACUGGAUGGAUAUACAAUGGAAUCAGCGAUUAAACCUAAAGAUUCGAAAGUGAAUAAACCUGGGUCUGGCGAUAAAAGUAAGGGUGGACAAGCCCGUAAAGGACCAAGAAAAUCUAUCGCGUCCAAAGAAAAGGCUUUUAAAUCUGAUGAACAUUCAGCUACUCCAGCGGAACUGACCGAUGAAGAGCAAAGAGCUCGAGAAGUUAGACAGCAUAUUCGAGAGGAAUGCAUAGCUGCGUUGGAAAGAGAAGCCGCUAAAACUGCCUUUCGCCUCACAUUGAUACGAGCCCAGGGGACAGCAAUUAUUUCAGAUUUACAACAAAAGAUAUUGCAAUUGAGACAAUUUAUGACAGAUUGUAUUGGAAUUAAAACAUUAAAAGAACACGAUGCUGUGAAUGGCCUGCUUGAAGUUAUACGAUACACCAUUGAAAAAGAACAAAAAUUACCAGAAAGGAUGAUCUUGGAUGGUGAACAGUUCUAUAUUGAUGAGACUUGUAUUACAUCACUCACUUAUGAUGAUUUCUCAAUGAUGGAGAAGUUUAGAAUAUCCUCCCCGAUUCCGAAGAAAUUAAAAGAAUCAGAACCUCAGUAUUUUAGUCUCGUCCAGCUGAAAUACUUGCUAAACGAACUUUUAGCUUUGGCUGACUCAGGAUUUAUUGAUGUACCUAGUUUCAAAGCUAUGGUGAAACCCAUUGUCACAGAACGCAUUGCCGAGUUGACGGGAUCUUGUUCCAAUGACAUGUCAAAUGAAUUACUUGAAUGUUUUGUACACCAGUACAGUUCAUUAUUUGAAUCAGAUUUUAUUAAAAAUCCACUUUUAUUAGAUAAUAACAAUGAAGUGAUCAAUGUUAGCACAAAAGACAAACGUCAAGUUUACUAUGUCGAUUGGCGCCAGUUCUUAUUAGCAGCUACUCAACCUGCUAUCACACAUCACAAUUCUACUUUGAUCACUCAAUCCAGUCUUGUAAUAUUAUCUCAAAGAUUAAUGGAACUUGAUCAGUCAGUUCAACAUGAAAGUUUGCUAACUGUUAACGUCACUCGAGCUCAGUUUCAAUUUGCUUCAUUUAAAUGGUUUCCGACUGGAGUUAAGCACUAUGAAGAACUGCACGACUUUCUAUUUGGUAUAUUUGCUAAAUCAGCUGAGGCGAAUUCCCAGGCUGGUCAACGAACAGAAAGUAAAUCCAAUUCACAAUGUGAAGUGAAGCCAUCACUUGAAGAGACUACCGACUGUUCUGAUCUUAUGCUUUACAUAUCACUUUUAGUAGUAAAAUCUCCAUACAUUGGUUUCCUGCGUUGUUUGUCCAGUCUUCUUGGUAGACAUGUUCCGUAUAUAUCUGUUCAUGGUCUAUUAACAGUAGACCAACCAAACAUAGAAAGGGAAGGUGUCCCUGAGCGGUGCCCUGACGAACCUAUCACCAAAGAAGUUCUGGAAAAGGUUUUCAGUUUCGGUCUAGUAAAAACAUGUCAAAGUCGAAAUAACUUCUUACAAGAACCCCAGGUACUUGACGCAUCCGAACCAGGGACCUUCUUGAUAUCAGACAAACUUCGGGACAUUUAUAGUAGCCUUGAAAUUACUGGUCGAAUGCCAACACUUUAUAAUUUAUUGCAUAAUGCAGACUUUCAAAAUCUACUACUGAAUUCAUUGUCGCGUUUCAAUGGGAUACCGCAAUUCUCAGAGCCCUGGCCAUUGAUACUAUCAUCAUCAGCUGUUUGAGUGACUAACGGAAGAUGCAAAGAUGAAUGAAAAAAAUUAAUAGUUUUAUACUUUAUUAGAGUUUGCAAUUGAUAGUGUUCUCUGAGCUCCUUGGUUUAAUUGCUCAGCGAACACUAUCAAUUGCAAAUCAUCCACCUGAGUUACAAAUCUUUUCUAUUACUUUAUUAGAGUAACAAUUCUUUACUGCACAUUUUUACUUAUGUACACUGCCCCAGUUUUUCCUAAUCAUUUUAAAAAUAAAUUUAAACAGUCACACUGAUACAUAUAUUUUUUCACGUUUUUUUGAAUUAUUUACAUUUUGUGUGAUAAACUGUAACAAUUCCUAUUGUCACUUAAGUAACUGAUCAGAAAUGCCCUUUAGAAAUUUAAAAAUAUUGAUUACUG